GCCCCAGGGCUCAGCUAGACACCAAAAGGCAAGAUGGGCCUGCUGACAGCACUUGGUCUUUCUCAUCCUCACUGACCUGUGUAGCAUCUACUCCCUGGUUACUCUGGAUUCUCAGUACACAAAAUUUGCUGCUGAUGCAGCAUGGUCCUUGCCCAACCACUAUGUUCCAGAAUUCAUAGUUCCAACUUACUCCAUGAGAAACUGAAAGACGGAAUGGACAAGCCUACAGUUAGUCAUCGGGAGGUGAAGAAACGUGUGUGCCUGCAGGAUAGAAGGGGUUCCAGUGUGUCACUGGUGCUGGACAUGAGUUCCCUGAGCAACACAGAACCUAUUUUAUCAGUCUCUACACCAAGGGAUGUCACAGUUCAGCUCCUGAAAUCAGCAAGUCAUGUUCUUACUCAAGAGAUGCUUCAGCAGAAGUGCUGCAGCCUAGAUGAGCUUCAAGAAGAGUUUGCGAAAAUCCCUUCAAAUUUUGCCAGUCCAGAAGAACUGGACAUCCCAGGACGAGCUGCAAAGGACAGAUACAAAUCCAUCCUACCAAAUUCCCAGAGUCGUGUUUGCCUCAAGAGUGCUGACGACCAAGAAGAGGAGAGCUACAUAAAUGCAAACUACAUCCGGGGUUAUGACAGGCAGGAGAAAGCCUACAUUGCCACUCAAGGGCCCAUGCUAAAUACAGUCAAUGAUUUUUGGACAAUGGUGUGGCAGGAACAAGUUCCUGUUAUAGUUAUGCUUACCAAACUCAAAGAAGAAAAAGAGAAAUGUAUCUGUUACUGGCCUGAAACAGAGGCAGUCUAUGGGCCACUCACGAUCCGUGUGCAAGGCUUAUGCGAGUGUGAUGAAUACACCAUCCGAGAUAUUAGCUUGCAGCUUAAAGACGAGUGCCGCACAGUGAAGCACAUUGUAUUCUCAUCCUGGCCAGACCAGAAGACCCCGGAAUCAGUCAAGAGUUUCUUGAACUUAGUUUUGGAGGAAGAAAAAAUUCUGCAAGCUUCAGAGAGCACAGGACCGGUUGUUGUGCACUGUAGUGCAGGAAUUGGUCGGACAGGCUGCUUUAUUGCUACACAGAUUGGAUGCCAGCAGCUGAAGGACAAAGGAGAGGUGGACAUUUUAAGCAUAGUAUGCCAACUACGCAUAGACAGAGGUGGAAUGAUCCAAACCAGUGAACAAUACCAGUUUCUCCAUCAUACACUGGCCACGUAUGCCUCACAGCUUCAUUAGUCUUAGAUUGUUGGCAUGGAAAAUUAGCUGCUACUGGACACUUGGAUUGAUUGAUGCACCAUUUUCCUGACUCUACAAGACCACCAACAGUCACAACUAGAGAAGUAUAAUAUAUAUUUUAAUUCUCUGAAGUAUAAACUAGUCAUGAGAAGACGUGUCACAUUGCUGGCGGCAUAUAAUUGGUAUGUGAUUCUAUCUGGAAGCAGAAUUUCAAGUCAAGAUUUAAAGGAGAUUUUUGCUUUGAAGUUUCUGUACAAUUUAUGUAAACCCAAAUUUGAUUUCAUGUUCCUGAAAAAGGGUUUCUUUGCCACACCACCAAAGUGUCAUCACUGGUAAACACAUUCACUAACAGGAAACUAUUAAAAUGUAGAGUAAAUGGAUUGGCUUUAUUUUAGAGGGUAAGGCGGUGACAACGUGGGGUAGUAGUUAAAGCGUACGAAUAGGAUCUGAGAAGAGCCACACAGAAACUUGGGCCUCAGCCUCAAUCCUGGCAAAUAUUUGGAUGGAAGACCUCCAAGGAAUUCCAGGGUUGUGACAUGGAGGGAGGUAAUGGCAAACUACCUCUGAUUAUCUCUUGCCUUAAAAACCCAUAUGGGGUCAGCUGUGA